GCCCCUCUCAGCCGCACCAAUUACCGGCUAACUAAUAAGGAGCGGACCCACUAGAGCAACGCGGAAGAAGAUCCAAACGCUUCCUGUCACAAAGAUCCUCGGAAAUGUAAUGAAGUUCAGAUCAGCUGUGUUUAAUCUGACCGGUGCCACUAGAGGAGCUCUGAGAUAAUGGAGCAACGCGGAGCCGCGAGAGGGGGCGGAGCCUGCAGAGCCUUCACCUUUAAAGACCCGAAGAGUCCACAGGAGAGCCUGAGGGUCUGCAUCCCUGAGGUUCUGGACCCUCAGUACGGGAUGUACGUGUGGCCGUGUGCGGUGGUCCUGGCCCAGUACCUGUGGUUCCACAGAGACCAGCUGAGAGGCAGGGCGGUGUUGGAGCUGGGAGCCGGUGUGAGUCUUCCUGGGGUGGUGGCUGCCCGCUGUGGGGCCAAGGUCAUCCUUUCGGAUGGCUCCAACAAGGCGGCGUGUCUGGAGAACUGCGGUCAGAGCUGUGAGGCUAACGGCCUGCAGGACGUCCCCGUGUUAGGCCUCAGCUGGGGGGAGGUGACCCCAGAACUCCUGCUGCUUCCUAAACAAGACCUGGUCCUCGGCUCGGACGUCUUCUACGACCCCGAGGAUUUUGAAGAUGUUCUUCUGACGUUUGUUUGUCUGUUGAAGAAAAACCCAGAGGCUCAGUUCUGGACGACGUACCAAGUGAGAAGCUCAGACUGGUCCAUCGAGCCUCUGCUCCACAGGUGGAAACUGGACUGUGUCUCUGUCCAACUCGCUGACUUUGAUGCUGACCAGUCGGAUCUGGCUGGUUCCAGUCUGCCGGGCAGCCACAGCAUCCAGAUGAUGAUCCUCAUCAGGAGGAAGGAGGAGGAAAACCUGCUGCAGGAAAACCACAGAGACUCUAGUAUCGCUUCACACUUCCCAUAAAAAAGGUUCAGAUCUGAUCAGUCUUGUAUAUUUGUAUAUUGCAGAGAGUAAACGUAAUUUCAUUUCCCUUGUAUGUCUUUUACAUAUGAAGAAAAUGACAAUAAAAGCUGACUUGACUUGACUAUUUACUAAGAAAAUGUUUGGAAGCUGCUUGUUUCAUUUGGUUGAAAAAUGUCUGCAUAUUUUGGAUAAAAAUAAAUCUACUUUUUACUGCAAACCUGUUAGCUGCUGUU